UUUGUUGCUGCAUACCCUGUUAUGUCAAAGAUUUCAUUGGUUUUGAAAGUUGUUAAACCUGAUGGAUAACUUUAUCCUUUUCAGUCAACGGGGCCAGAGGACACUCAAGACAGUGAAAGAAUAGCCAAGAGCUAGCUGGUGUGUAUCCGAUUCAAACUGGUUUGCAUUUGCAGAGUUGUGCACGUAACCACAGGACUGUGAUAUGGUUAGGAGACGUGACUGUUUAGCAGAUAAGCCGAGUCCACCAAAGCAAAGCAAGAUCCAUCUAAGCACCUGGUUUUGAAGAGCUCUGGUUCAGACCGUUUUUGUCAAAAGGACGAGAUGGCUGCUUCUGCUCUACAGGUUGCUGGACUAGUCCUUGGAAGCAUUGGCUCAAUUGGGACUUUUGCCAUCACUGGCAUGCCUCAGUGGCGCGUGACUGCUUUCAUUGAAAACAAUGUUGUAGUGUUUGAAACCUUCUGGGAAGGCCUUUGGAUGAACUGCCUAAGGCAAGCCUCCUUCAGGAUGCAAUGCAAGAUCUAUGACUCCCUCUUGGAUCUACCUCCUGAUCUUCAAGCUUCCAGGGGUCUCAUGUGUUCAGCUUCAGCUCUGGCUUUCCUUGCUUUUGCAGUGACCAUCCUUGGCAUGAAGUGCACACAGUGCACAGGUAAUGAUGAUCGUAUCAAAGGAUAUAUACUGCUGGCAGGUGGCAUCACGUUCAUCCUGACUGGCAUCAUUGUGCUCAUCCCUGUGUGCUUUGUUGCCCAUAACGUCAUCCGGGAUUUCUACAAUCCAGUCGUCACCUUGGCCGAGAAACGAGAGCUUGGAGAAGCCCUUUACAUAGGCUGGGUCUCUGCCUUCUGCCUUGUUGUUGGAGGGGCCAUUCUUUGCAGUUUCUGCCGUUGCACCGAAAAAACCAGGAGCUAUCGGUAUUCUGUACCUUCGCAACGUACUGCCUACCACAGUCAGAGGAGAGCUGAGAGUGCAUAUUCUAAAAGUCAGUAUGUUUAGCUGUCUCUUCAUCCAUCCAUCUUUCUGAGAUGUGGUAGCUUGAAAAUUCAGGACAACACAUUGGAUGAUAUCCAUGGGGGUCUUUGCCAGGACAACACGUUGGAUUAUAUCCAUUGGAUUAACUGAAUUCUUCAGACCAAGCAGUCUGUACAGUUACAGACAGUGUCUUCAGAUGUUUCAAUGCAUGGAUGACAAAUUGCAGUUGAAUCUUAUGUCAAUUUAGGUAUUGUUUUUUCAAUCAGUAUCUAUUAAGAAAUGUACACGUGAUUGCAAUAAUUUGAUGUAUUUGGGAAGGAGGAAGAGGAUGUUGUAACUUAAAGUUUAGGAAGUCCACUAUAUUUUGCAUACUGCUUUAGUAUAUAAAGUAUAGCAUGAGAUCAUAAAAAUGGUGAAAGGGGGAAAGCUGAAGAGAAAACUUGUCUACAGAAUGUACUAAUAACUUUAUUAUGGUCACAAAGCAGGUCUUUAUUGUUAGAAGUACAAAAUGAACAGGUACGGAUUACAAAACCAGGAAAUUUGGAGCAUAUGACAGAAAUGUAGGUGUCUUCCAUAAGGAUCCUUCUCUAAAUUUAUUCUCAAACCUACUUUAAAUCUUCAGUUGAUUUUUUU